CGAUCCAGUUCAUCCAGGGCACGGACGAGCAGACGAUCCCGGACGUGCGGCUGACCAAGUCCCGCGACGGCACCAACGGGGUGGCCAUCUUCGAGUUCGACCAGCCGUCGGUGUUCGACUCGUCGGCGGAGCUCGGGGACAUCACGGGGUUCUACAUGAUCGACGAGGAGGGCAUGCUGCAGACGGUGGACGUGAGCGCCAAGUUCGUCAACGGGAAGCCGGCGAGGGUGGAGGCCAAGUACGUCAUGCGCACGGCCGGGGACUGGGACAGGUUCAUGAGGUUCAUGGAGAGGUACUCGCAGGCCAACGGCCUCCAGUUCGUCAAGAACUAAGUCGCCUCUCGUCGAUGUGCCUUGUGUGUUGCCCAUGUUCAGUUCAGUAUAACUGUCGAGCUGGUAACGAAGCUGAAUGCUUGUACCGAGUUAUUACGAGAAUCUCUUAUGUAACUUUGACAAUUGUGUGAGAUUUUGUAUGCACCAGCUGAAAGCACGUAAUGAGGAAAACCGGUAGAAAACAA